AUGGAUAACAUAGAAGAGCAUCCUAGGUUACCCAUAGACCUGAAUGAAAGUGGUGAAACAGAAGAAUUAGAUAAACCUAGGGUAGGGAUGAGCUUUGUAUCAGGAGUCGACUUUAGUAGAUUUUGUCAUGAAUAUUCUUACAGGGAAGGUUUCGAGCUUUUUAUAAAAAAUAGUGACUUGCUGAAAGAGUUUAAGGCUAAGGGGGUUUGUAGAAGUGGUGUAGGAGAAAAAGAGCCGAAGGCAGAUAUGACGAAACGUAUCAAGUUCCAAUGUAAGAGGGGGGAUCUGGCAAAAACGGAAGGUUGUAAUGCCACUAGUUGCAAAAUGUUUGUUUAUGGGGUUUUGAGGGGAGGAAAUUAUGAGAUAACGAGGUGUCAGCUGGCGCAUAACCAUGAACUCAAUCCUUCGUGUAGUAAUUUAAUGGUUAACUAUAGAAGUAUUGAUCAAGGAACGUUUGAGAGAGCGAUCAUCAAUGAUAACGCGGGAAUUAGCAUAAAUAGGAACUUCAGUGCACAGGUUCUUGAGCGUGGUGGGUUUGAUAAUAUGACUUUCAACAAUCGAGAUCUGAGGAAUGCAAUUAAUUUAGAUCGACGUAUGUCAAGGUGUAUGGGAGAUGCAAGGGCACUAAAAGAUUACUUCAAGAAGCAACAUGAACUGAAUAAUGAAUUUUAUAGUUGUCUUAAAGUUGGUGAAGAUGGGACGUUGUUGAAUGCUUUCUGGUAUGAUGCCCGGAGCAGAGAUUCCUAUAAAUACUUUGGAGAUGUAAUAACAUUCGACACAACCUUCUCUGUGAAUAGGUGUUAUUCUAAAUUCACUUCUGCUAACCAAGUAACGUGA